AUGGCCAACCAGAUCAAAGAAGUAGUCAUUGUCGGAGCGGGUCCAACCGGGUUGACAUUGGCGCUAUUACUCGCCAAACGUGCAGUGAAGGUGCACGUUUUAGAAUCACUCGAACAAGUCGACCAACGUCCAAGAGGAGUUGCAUAUGGAACUCCUGCAGUUAGGGUUUUGGGAAGAGCAGGUGUCCUGGACGAAAUUCGUGCUCAGACCUUUGAUAUUCGAAACAUGUCGUGGAGAGAUAUCAACGGUCAAUAUCUAGCGGGGUUGGAAGGGCUCGCAGAAAAUGAGAAUCCAGACCGAUUUUGCCUCUUUCCCGUACACAAACUAUCAAAUCUAUUGUUGGAACACGGCCGAACACAACCCUUGAUAUCUGUGCACUUUUCACAUAAGGUAGUCGGUGCCAACCAAGAUGCGAACGGUGCUUGGGUUGAGGUCGAAGCCAACGGCACAACCACGACAUUUCGAGGUGAUUAUGUUAUUGGCUGUGACGGCGCUGCGAGUGGUGUUCGGAAGGCCCUCUACGGCGACGAGUAUCCUGGGUUUACGUGGCAGAAACAGCUAAUCGCCACAAAUGUGCGGUAUAAUGUCGACCAGUUCAAGUGGAGCGACCUUCAAUGGAUCGUAGACCCCAAGCACUGGGGCGUGGUCUGCAGACUCGAGGAUGGAGGAAUUUGGAGGAUAGCCUACGGCGAAGAGCUCGGGUACUCGAACGAAGAGUUAAGAGAGCGUCUGGCCAUGAAAUUCAAAGAGUUCCUCCCAGGUCGUCCAAAUCCGGAAGAUUACGAGGUUUUGAGAUUCAGUCCCUUUGUCAUGCAUCAGAGAUGUGUUGAGAAGAUGCGACAGGGGAAGAUCCUACUUUGUGGUGAUGCAGCGCACCUCUGCAACCCUAUGGGUGGACUCGGACUGACAGGCGGCUUGUCUGAUAUUGGAAGCUUGGUCGACUGUUUCUAUGGACUUAUCGACGGCAAAACCGAUGACUCCAUCUUGGACAAGUGGGAUGAAGUGCGCAGAAACAUCUACAACGAAUACAUCAGCCCUCUGUCAACCAUGAACUUAGAACGACUCUUCAAGGACCCUUGCGAGGUGAAAGCCAAUGAUCCGUUCUUCAAGCUAAUGGACCAAGCGACCAAGGACCCAAACCUUGCAAAAGAUUUGCAGAUGCAAGAGAUGAUCAUCGGACAUGACAUGACUCAAUAUUUUGCAAAGGAAUACAAGUAG